AUGUAUUCAAAUGUUCGAUAUCAAACGUUGGACGAUGGUAAUGAUGAAGACGGUAGCGCAGAUCUGUGGGAUCAACUGGACGACGUUGAAUCACGAGAAGUGCGACAACAUCAAUCUCGAUUCCACGCCGAAUCUCCACACAGCCGAACCAACGCAGCAGUCAUCUUUGCGAGCAUGGUAAAUUCCUCGCUUCAAAGAAUACGCACGACUGCGGCAACUGCGUGGGGAGCAGCAGCAGAAGCUUGGAACAAUCAUCCGCGCCAUUCAAGUGGCAAUAACAAUACAGACAUGGAUCUCGAUAGACAAUUCGGAAUCCAGGAUCUAAGACCUAAUAGCCUUGAAGAUGAAAAUGAUGAGCAACGAGUUGAAUCUGGCAACCCUUUCGUCAUGUUGUCAAAAUUCCCCCUUCAAGCUAUUGCAUCUGCGGGGGAAACACAUGGUCUUGUCAGCAAUCUUGAUGUCUUUCUUACUCAUCUUUACCACUAUUAUUAUUAUCGCGGCUUGGUCCCAAUCCUAUGCAAUUUCGUUGUUGAAGCAUCUACGUUACUCUUCACUCUGUGGUUGUCACGAACUUUAAUUAGAGAUGUCGAUUGGAGGAGACUCGCAACAUGCAAGGACGAAACUUCGUGUCUAGCCAACUGGCCUGACUACUACCGAAAAGAACCCUUGGGGUGGGUCCAUUGGUUUGUAGCGGAAGGUUUUAGUCUACUCUUCUUUUUCUACUUUGUUUUCUUUGUAUGGAAAUUUUGGCAAUCAUUGCAACAAGCGUUGGUUUGCAGGUACAUUAUACACGAAAAACUUGGUAUAUCGAGACGCAAGCUACGAGGGGGUGCCGUGUCAUGGGACACAGUAGUGACCAAGAUUAUGGAGGCUCAAGAAUCAGGAGUGUAUCAAAUGUCACUAGCCCCACUGGAUCCUUUAUGUAUAGCACAACGGGUCAUGAGGAAAGACAACUUCUUGAUCGCAUUUUGGAACCAGAAUAUUCUCGAUACUCGAAUUGGUAAUCGGCAGUACUGGUGCUCGAGUUUAGAGUGGUGCAUUUAUACGACCGUGUUGAAUUUCAUGUUCAAUCACAAGUACGAGGUUCGGCCUGCUUUUUACUUGGAUGCGGAUGCUUUAGCACGCCGGCUGAAGCUUUGUGGGAUUGUACAUGCUUUGUUCCUUCCAUUCUUGAUUAUGUUUGUUCUAUUCCAUUUCCUUCUCAGGAACAUGUAUGACUUCAAGACGUCGCGUCAAUAUAUGGGGAACAAAUAUUGGUCCACAGCUGCGAUAUGGACGUUUCGAGAAUUCAAUGAGCUCCCACAUGUGUUGGAGCAACGGAUAGAGCCAUCUUGCAAGGCUGCUGAAGUCUAUCUCGAUAUGUUCGGUCAAUCCGAAUGGAAAGAAGCCGUUGGUAGGAUAUUUAUCUUUGUAGGUGGAGCGGUGGGCUCCCUGUUGUUGCUUCUUGGCACCAUAAGUGAUUCUCUUCUACUACACGUGGCUUUGUGGGGACACAAUCUACUGUGGUAUGCAGGAAUGGCCGGAAUUGUCUAUAGCAUAGGAAAAGCUCUAGUUCCAACCAAGGAAGCUCAACCGAGUGUCUCACGGAAUCUUUUUGAGGAUAUGGAUACGGCACUGAAAAACGUAUCGGAGUAUACUCACUACUAUCCCGAGAAUUGGAAAGGACGGGGAUGGGAUUCUGGUGUGUGUACUGCAUUCGGAAACCUCUUUGACUCGAAAGUGAAACUCUUUGUUUGGGAGCUUGUUUCCUUCUCGCUUGCUCCAUAUAUUUUGUAUUUCAAGCUGUCAAAAUGUGCCCCUGCGAUUUGCCAAUUCUGCUUGCUAACAAAGGCACGAGUCCCGAACACGGGUGAUGUUGUUGGAUAUUCUACAUUCGAUUUCGAAAACUUCAAGGACCAAGCUUGGGAAGGACGAACAUUGGGCGAAUCUUCACCGCAAGAAGGAUCGGAGUCCAUAGCAGAGUCAGUUAUGAGGAAUGGCAAUGUGGAUAAUGCAGUGCUGCAACAUCCAAAGCCAAGAAGUCGCGAAGGAAAAAUGGAGAAAUCUUUGUUCAGCUUUAGGCAAGCCCAUCCCGACUGGAAGGGCUCGCCAUCAAGUCAGUCUUUGAUCGGGGCUGUAGAAGACUAUAGGAAAGGCGCUCUGAUGAGAGAAAGAGAUCUCUACAUUGAGGCUGCAACACGGCAGCUCGACACCCUCGCGCGUUUGCAAAGUGGGAAAUUGAAGGAAAAUGGCGUUGAUUUGUAUCCCAACAUUGAUACCAGCACCCCCUCGUCUCAUUAUACCCAUGGGCCUACAUUAGAUAACACGGGGUCGUCUAGUCUUAAGAUCGGAUUCGUCGCACCUGCAACGUUGCCAGCUUCUAACGGCUCCAAUAAUGACCAACAGUGUGACAAAGGCUUGCACCACGAUCUUUCGCAUGCAGGGCGCGUACUAUCGUCUUCUGACCCUCUGAAACAUUGCUCGGACAAACAACUUUCUCCGGGUGUUUCAACGGAACUGUGGAACGAGUUGAACAAGUCGACACCGGAACGAGGUGUUUUCUCUGCACCUGUUUCAUCCUUGAGAGGCGAAAUCGAUAGUCAGCAAAGAGCCCAAAGGCAGUUCUAUUGGCUAGAGAGAUUUCAUGAGCACCUCGAAACACAACUUCAACAAGAGGGGAUAGAUGAGCGGUCAAAAACUUCUGAUAAUUAG